AACUAACUUCACCUCGGUGUUUUACCGAACGAAAACCAGACUCGUCUUUGCGAGCCGAACCAGAUCAGAACAGAAGUCACGAGAUUGAUGGAAAUGAUCUACAGCCAAUCCGGAGGGAGAACACGAUGCGCUAAGAUUAAAAAAAAAAAGAAUUCUUCUUCUUCUUCAGCGGUUUUGAUCAAUACGAGUUCAAACUGUAUUUUAAUGUUUAAAGCAAAUCUUUUUUAUUUUUAUUUUUUUAUUUUUAUUCAAGAACAAUUCUAGGCUGUGACGUAGACACGGCGGGACGCGCGCGGGCCGGGCAGAGGCGUCCUGUUUCAUCCGUGUUCUGUGUGUCGAACCAGAAUCUUUGAACAAAGAUGAGUGCCAAGAAGGGUCUGAAGAUUUCCAUUCAGUCGGUGUCUAUAAGAUUCGAUUAUUACAGGUCAGUGGAGUUUUGCUCAAACAGGAGGAGAACCGAGCGGUGCACCUCCAAACUGUCAAAGCGCUCCAAACAAAUGACUCCGGGUGGUCGCCUGCCAGAGGACGGAGUUGUAAAUCAGCAGCUGAGAAGUCAUGGACCGAGCACCUCAAUGAACAAAGCUGCAGCUGAAUGUAACGUUGACUCAGAUCAUUUUCAAGAGUGGGACUUGAUAGAUCUCAUCAACAGCACGUCUAAUGCUGAGUACGUUAGUCAGGGGAGGGCAGAGAUUCCUGAUCCUCAUGGAGUAGAUCAGUCACAGGAAGUCUGUGGCUCAGAAGGCUGCAGCCGAGCGUCAGGACCGCUCUUCCAUCAUCACGACACCGCUCAGAAACCUAAACCCGUCCACAAUCUGUGCCCAGCGUGUCACAAGCUUUAUCAAACCGUAAAGCGACACAGAGCACCCAUCAAAGACAAACUCCUGGACAAUGAUCCCUCCUCCCUGACGUGUGACCAGUGGGUUCUCAUCAAAAAGUGGCUGCCCAGAAAGCUGUCUCACUCCAGCCGUCUGAGCCGUGGAGAUGCACGGUUCAUCCCGCUGAGGAGAGAGCAGCGUGUGGGUGCCGGUGAACCCAUGACCUGCUCGAGGCCACACAUUUUCCUUCAGAGGAACCUUAGACAGUGCACCAGACUGCUAGCAGAGAAGAAGAGGAAAACCAAGACGAGGAAGCAAAGAAAAGCUGGUUCCCAAACCUUUGUUGCUCCGUAGCAGCAUCUCCAGAUCGACAGUCGCAGCCUGAAUGUUUGGUGGGACAAGUUCUGAAUGAGGUUCAACAUGUUCUUCAAAUUGUUCUGCCCUGCAGUUCUAGAUUGUCUUUAAAGUCAUCUGUUCACAUCACACUUAUUUCAAUGUUUUAUUUGAAAAACACAUUAAUUAAAUGUGCUUGUCAUCCGUUCCAUAUAAAGUGUGUUAUCUUCUACUCUGUUGUGUUUUGUCAUGGGAACUCAGUAAAACUUGAUCACAGAAAUGUU